CAUUUGGCAUCCAAACCUUGUUUGAUUCUAGUUUGACUAUCGCUAAACGAAUAUGUUUCGCGUCUUGCUGAUAUUUUCGGUCUUUUGUUUCAUCGAUUCUAAAAGGCUAACUCCAAAUGAAACAACUGUUUUGAUUUCUAAGUAUGCAAAAGUGGCUAGAUGGGGAGGAAAUAAGAACGAGACCAAACCCCAAAUUCUGCAAGGAAGAAGCAAUAGCGGACAAUCACUUUGGACACAUAGAUCUGAUGUGAAUAUAAUCGGUGGUCAGAAAAAGGCUAAAGAAGUACGUCAUUACCCAGUGUAUACGAAACCUUCUCCAAAAGUAGACCAUGUAAAGGUGGAGAAAAUUCCUGCUGUUGGUGAAGUGAUUCAGGAUAGAUUCAACCCUAAACCAUAUUUUGGUUAUGGAGCAAUAGCUCCAAAUAAUAAAGAAUCAGCAACUUAUGCUCCUGCACCAGUGAAUCAACCUCCAGUUGCAGCUUCGCCUCCAGCUUCAUUUCCUGCUGUUUUCAAUGUAGCUCCAGCUAGUGAUAAACCUCCUGUGGAUCUAUAUACCUCACCUUAUAGUUCUUACAAUCCCCCAGACGUCAAACCGGAUUUGGGCGAAGACUCUUACCCCCCAGGACCGGAAAUUGAUUCGUAUGCAGCUCCUCCGACAGAUGAUGACAAUUCUUAUAACUACGAGAAACCAAAAGAGUCUACGAAGCAAUCGACACUUGGACCGCCAUUGUCACCAACAAAUCAUGGUUCAUUUGAUUAUAAAGACACCCAUGAUGAUCAUCAUUUGUACGAUGAUAUAGAUGCUCCUCCUUCCGACCAUAAUAUUGCACUUCACGAUUUUCUGCCUGAAAAUGUUCCAGAUCAUAUAGGUCCGGAUGACAGUGCUAAUAUGCAGCAAAACGGCCAGUUGGCUGGUGGUGGUGCUCCCAACCAUCCUCCGGCAAGUAUAGAUGAUAUUUACUAUCCUCCAGACUUUCCUGUCGGCCAAGAACAUCCGAAAGAAGUUGAACCGAUUCAUCCUGCUGAUUUUAACGAUCACAUUCCACAAGAACAUUUUCCGAAGUAUCUCUACGAUGAUCCACACUUCGACCAUCACAUUUACGAGGAAAUUCCACACACAACUACUGAAGCUCCAGAAGAUAAACGUGUUAGUAGCGUCAACUACAGUUACUACUAUUUGGGCAGGAAACUUUGGUACAUUCCGUUGUAUUUCAGUAUUUACUUUAUGUUUUAUGUUACUGCACUUAUUUUGAAGUCCAUCGCUAGACAUAAAAUCGAUUUGAAACACGAGUGGGCAUCAUCGCACUCGAGAGGUGCUAGAGAAAUGACCUUUGAUCAAAUCCAAAAUGUCGACAAUAUUCAUAAAAAUGUUUCUCGGGCUUUAGAUAAUGCUCAAAAAAUAUAUGAUAAAAUUGCUAUGUAG